UGUAAAGCAAAGCAGAGAGAGGAACUGAUCGUGUAUUCAGAACUGCCACGCUGCCUCACAGUGAUACCAUGUGCAAUGAAGCCAUCAGACUUUUAAUCCAUCGAAAUCAGAAAGACAUCAAUUAAAAAUAAUCACCGAGAUAUGAGUAUCAACAAAACAUUCAUCUAUGUCUGAAAGUCCAUCGGCUCGGACUGCCCAGAGUUCUGUGAUGGCUGCAGAAGUUACUGUAUGUUCUGCCAAUUUCUUGUGGAGCACAACAUCCCCCCAACUGUGGCAGACCAUUUUUUGCAGCUAGUGAAAAAAAAAAAAGUUUCCCAAUUCAAAGACUGCACAGUUUAGGUGAUUUGCUUCCAGAAUACAAAAUGAAGAGGAAAAUGCUGAUUGGUCAGAUUCUCAUGCUGUUGAUGUCAGUCAUAUCUUCAGGCUUGGCCAAUGAAAAUCUCAAGUGUCACACCGACGGCAUACAGCUCAUUACGUGUGUUUGGAACACUUCGUCAGUGGAAGACAGAUUUCGAAUAACACCAACCACCAGCUGUUCCCUGCAAAGCAUCGAUGAUAAUUACAUAAGAAAAAUUCCUCUCAGAGUUAACCUGGAGCCUCUUGGCGGCUCACAGUCGAAAUUACGUCAAGGAACUCUUCAAUUUGCUGAGAGUACUUUGACUGAUGGUUCCCCAGAUGUCCCGCUGGAUGUACGGUGUGAAAACAUAACUAAUCUACUGGAAACUAUCCCGGAGUUUUAUCCCCCAUCUUUUGUUAAGUUGUAUCCUCCUGAGAAGCCAGUUGUGAACAAAGGGAAUGUCACCUGGAAACAAGGUUCUCCUCACUCUGUAUUUGUCGUUGCUGUGAAGUAUAAGGUGCAGUGGGGUUUGCUUGAGAACAGCUGGGAGAAGAACCAGGUGGCGUUGACAGAAGAGACGCAGUGUGAGUUACCAUUAGAGAAUCUGAUCAAGGGGAGGCAGUAUGUGGUCAGGGUUCAGGCCACUCCUAACAAAGAACCACAAUUGUGGAGCGAGUGGAGUCCAGUUACUCAGUGGGAAUCCACUGUGGGUUUACCACCUCUGCCAGGUCCCAAUUAUACAUUACUCAGUAAUAUAACCAGCCUUGUAAUAGCAGUUGGAGUCGUUUUACUGGCUUUCUUCUGCGUCCGACGAUACAAGAGGACGAUAUAUGUACCCACGCCUGGGAAAUAUUUUGGCGAUCUUUUCUCUGACUAUAAUGGGGACUUUAAGGCAUGGCUGGGUCCUAUUGUGAAUCCGGAGAUAUAUAUCAAAGCUGAUUCAGAGUGCAUCUCUCCUGUGACAAUCUACAAAGUUUGCAGCUCUGAUAUGUUAUCCAAUAAGAUGGAAAAAGAUGCCAACAUAAGGGAUCACACCACCUCCAAUUUCUCCAACUCCACUUAUUUCCUGUCCCAGAGCUCAAAAUGUGACGCUGUAGUAGAUCAGCUGGAGCCAUGCUUAGCAGACAGUCUGUAUGGACCGGCAGGAGGAGGCAGUGUGCAAGAGAAAAUUCUGCCAGCCACUCAUGAUACCAGCCAUGACAACGAAUUGAGAGAGGUCAGCAUGAGCACCCCUUUGGAAACUUCCUCCUCCUACAAGCAGCUGCAGAAGCUGCGGCUAGACAUUCAGAGCCCAGACUCAGGCUUUGCCAGUAACUCUGAGGAACAAGAAAGCCAGGAGGAGUCCGGAAGUGAGGGACUUCCCAGCCCACCUGUGGUGGACAACACUCUGCCCAUCAGCUGCAUCCCACUGUGCCCAGUGCCCCAGCUGAAAGGAUUGCCUCAUUUGGGAAUCCCACCUGGCUUGACAUGGAACCCACAGACUAACCGAACCUUCACAAACUUGCCUUCUGACAUCUCCAGAAGUGUUCUGCUGGGAAAUUCUGGCAACAUGGCUUGCUCUGGGAUACUGGAGCCCUCAAGUGAUGACUAUAUGCCUGUUAAGAAGGUUCAAGGAUGAUCAUGUGGUGCAAUCAUAAACCCAACAAAGAUGACAGGAACAAAGGGAAGUGUGAUGAAUGAAUGUCAUAAAAACUCCGGCUAAUUGUGAAGUAAAGAUUAAUGGUUUGUUCAUUAUAAUGACAAAGUUCUCAAAUUUCUAUAAUGCUGUAGGAAAAGUACAUUCUGAAUAAACGGCCAGUUUAUUUAAGAUCUAUCAUCUCAUCAUUAUUAGGGGUGUGCAAAAAUAUCGAUACGGCGAUAUAUCGCGAUACUUUGUCUUCCGAUUCAAUAUCGAUACUCAAUUUGAAUAUCGACAUUUUUUCAAAUAAUAAAAUCAUGUUUCAGACGGGUUGUAAAUCCAGUACGACUUCCGCACCUCCGGUCCGCGAGGUGUCACUGUGCCGCUACCUCACUGCAAGGCACUCUUCCUCUUCUCUUUUUUCCCCGGCGGUUGCAGUGAGGAAAAAAAAACAGGCAAGCAUGGCUGUUAACGUAAACCUAGAGACGCCGCCGAACUUUAAGGCAGAUGUUUGGAGGCACUUUGGAUUCCAAAGGAAAGGAGAAAAAAAAAACAGUGAGCCGGACAAAGAGAAUGCACUUUGCAAAACCUGUUUCGCUCCAAUUAAAUUAAGAUGCUCCAAUUAAGAUGCCCACUGCACUUUUCAAUGUGUUUCAGACAGUGUGUUGUUCCUGCAAAAUAAGCACAAGUUAAAUGUUCUCAGGUAUAUGUUCUCAAGUUUACAAAGAACAAAUUGAUAUUAGUGUUAGCACUGAAAUGCAUGUGCAGUCUGCAGUGCAAGUUUUAAGUUUUCAUAAAACAAUUUGAUUCUGCUUGUUAAGCAGCACGGAUGUGUCCAUGCUUACAGAAAAGUUGAUAAUACUAGCACAGAAAUGGGAAUUUUCUGUAUGUUGUAGUGAAGCAACUCUUGGUUUUGCCAGCAGUAGAAUAGAGACAAAUGUAUGUCUGGCAAGAGUGUGUAGUUAUGUAUGUGAAAUGUAAUUUUACAGUGGUCAAUAAAUUCUGAUUUUCUUCAGUGACACAGA